UGGCGGCGGUGGCGGUGGCGGUGGCGGUGGCGACGGCGACGACGACGCCGACGUCAUCCGCGGGUAACAACGACUUGCCCGAGAGAUCCCGGAUCGGGACGCCGCAGACGUCAUAUGCCAAUCCGACAUCGAUGAACGAUCGUUUCGCCUACAUGUCGAUCGCGAUAAAACGCGUUAACGUGCACUCCCGCUCGAUCUUUCUCGCGAAUCAAAUAGCAAGACACCUUUUCUCACCUUGCCUCGUUUGGUAGUCGCAUAGUCGCGUCGGUCUCAAUUGUGCUUUGUGACUUUGGACUUUUUAUUGAAAUUGCGUCGCAUUCGCUAAUACGGUGGUGAACGUUGAAUUGAAGAGAAUCAUCCAUAUAUCGAAUCAGAUCGGAUCAGGCAGUUGAAGAACUUGAUAAAUUAAGGAGAUAGAAAAGUUAGUGAUCAGAAGAAGUAAUCUACCUUUUACAAUACGGAUACACGGAAUCUUGAUUAAUUACAUGCACGAUGAAUGGAGCAACGACCGUUACAGCUACCGAAGAUCAUCAACAUCAGCAUCAACAAGCGCAGAAUGAAACGACUUCGGAGCAUCCACGAAGUCCUACCAGUCCAUUAAGCAUUAGACACGAUUCCGGUGAAAGCAGUGUCAUCUCCCCAGGCCUGCCGGAACGUUAUAGUCCACUAGGGGCAACAGGAUCCACGUCGAGCCAUGAUCCUUAUGCCUCCCGAUCGGUUCAAGAAUGUCCAGUACCCCUCUGCAGAGGAAUGCCGACGGAUUUUCCUCUGGCCCGGUCCCCAUAUUUAACUGCGCUUGGAAAUGGUCAUCCGCACUUGCUAGGGCAAGUACAACAUCAGCAGCAGCAACAGCAGCAACAGCAGCAGCCGCAACAAUCACAGCAUGGCAGCAAACCGCCGCGUAGUCUCGGACUGAUAUGCGUGGUUUGCGGCGACACCAGUUCCGGCAAACAUUAUGGAAUACUCGCCUGCAAUGGUUGCAGUGGCUUUUUUAAAAGGAGUGUCCGACGAAAGCUGAUAUACAGAUGUCAAGCUGGUACCGGAAGAUGCGUUGUGGACAAGGCGCAUCGAAAUCAGUGUCAAGCAUGUCGUUUGAAGAAAUGUAUGCAAAUGGGAAUGAAUAAAGAUGAAAUAGAAGAUGGUUGGGAUAAAAUUUUAGUCCACGUACAAAUGGAAUAUGAAAAAGAAUUGGAGGAGAAGAUUUUGGAAGACGCAUUUAAGGAUAAAACUGUUCAGAAUGAACGUCAACCAAGGAACACUGCCACCAUCAGACCGGAAGCACUCGUAGAAAUGGACCAAGAACGAGCGCUGCGGGAAGCCGCGGUCGCUGUAGGGGUCUUUGGACCGCCAGUGUCUUUAGCCAUGGCAAGAUAUACUACACCACUACCUCUACCUACAGUCGCACCGACAACAAAUUCCGCAAAUAACGCAGCAACACCACCUCGACAAGACAAUGAGGACGGAAACGCAUCUGAGGACAGCAUAGAUGUAACAAAUGAGGAACCGUUGACGCCACAACGAAGCGGAUGCACACAACUUCCACCGGUGUUACCAUCGUUAUAUUCACCAGCGAGUGCUGAAACAGUUUAUGAGACUAGCGCAAGGCUGCUUUUCAUGGCAGUCAAAUGGGCGAAGAAUCUUCCCUCCUUUGCUGGCCUGCCAUUCAGAGAUCAGGUAAUAUUACUGGAGGAAGUUUGGUCGGAGUUGUUUCUACUAAAUGCUGUUCAAUGGUGUCUACCACUCGAAUCUUCACCUCUCUUCAGCGCCGCCGAGCUGACUGCUUUGACCCUUUCACCUCAUUCGCAUCCGCAUUCAGGGUUACAUCUGCAAACCACUACGGGAAAGCCCAGCCAAGUGGCAGCAGACGUCAGACACUUACACGACACUCUGCAGAGAUAUAAGGCAGUCAUGGUUGAUCCUGCGGAAUUUGCCUGUAUGAAGGCCAUUGUUCUCUUUCGCCCAGAAACCCGCGGUUUGAAGGACUCAAGUCAAAUCGAGAACUUACAGGAUCAGGCACAACUAAUGCUCGGACAUCAUGCGCGUGCUCAACAGCCGAAUAGUCCAGCCCGUUUUGGUAGGUUGCUAUUGCUGCUGCCGUUGCUGCGAACAGUUCCAGCUGCAAGAGUGGAACUGAUCUAUUUUCACAGAACUAUUGGUAACACGCCGAUGGAGAAAGUUCUUUGUGACAUGUACAAAAAUUAAAACCUAGAUAUACAAAAGGACUUCGAUACAAAUGUCACACAAUAAGACGCGAAUACUACAUAAUUCAAAGAAUUUCAGUGCUAAAACAAAGAGAUUUACGAAAAGCAAAAUUAAUCAUCGAAGAAAGACAGUAAAGACUAGCGGGUAAGGUUUUCCUAAAUAAAAGAAUCAAGGAAGACGCGCGAAUUUUGUUCUGAUAUGAUUAGGCCUAAGGAUAACUCCUAAGUCUCUCUGUGAUGAUCGUAAGAAUUCCGAUUGGCAAAUAUCUCUAUUGUACAAAUGCGAGGCAUUGAAAGAAUGACAUCGCUAACGAAUAAAACGGCAACUAAAGUCGACCGAAGGACACUUAAUCGCGGCGUAAAUAUAUACACAUAGAUAUUUACAUGUAUUUAUUUAUUAUAGACAUAUUUAUGGAGCAUUAGGCUCGACACGUUGAUAGCACAUUUUUCGUUUUUCUUAGAAAGUUGAUGAACUAGUCCGCAAAACAGAUAUUUUGUUUUUAUUUUUUUCCUUUAUCUUUUAUACCUUGAUUUCGUCGUACAUGAAGUUAAUGAAUUAAAAAGGAAAAGAAAGUGACGAGGUGGACAGUGAAUAUUUUGCAGCUUUGUGAAUGCCAGAAGCAUAAUAUAGAAAUUAUCAGUUCUUUUGGACAAAACACAUAUUCACAAAUUUAUGUUAAAAUUACUAAAAAAUUAACGUGAUUAAAAUAUUCUUUUUCUUGUUUUAUACACAAUAAAAAUAUCUGUCAAAAAAUACGAAAAUAAAUAAUAAAUUGUAUUAAUAAAACAAUUUUAAUAAUUAAUAAAUUGUAUUAAUAAAACAAUUUACGUUGCAAAAUCGAAAAAUUGCAUUUGGAAACAACUGCAAGGGCAAUACGCAUCCAUAAAAUUUAAUGUUGCAUAAUAUCAAUUAAUGAAAGUAAUUUGGUUCAGUCAAAGUAUAUGAGAUUGAUUUCCUUUCGGCGCUGUAAAUGAACGCUCAACCGCACUUUCUUCGUAUAUUUCGUGUUGUGAUACUAUUCGCUGUAAAACGUAUUCUCAAUCGGUGAUAUAUAUUGUAACAAUUACUUGUAAUAAAAAUAAAUCCAAUUAAAUGAGUUAUUAUCACUCU